GUCUUGUCAGUACUGUCUUUCAGAAUUCUAUACCGCUCUAAAUUUCUAUUCUUAAGCUCCAACAAGGACGCUGAUGACGUUACUUCUCAAUGACUUCACUCGAUGAUAUUCCUGGAAACUUGCUCCGGAAGCCUUCGGGCAAACCGGAAGAUGAGCUUGAAAGAGUGUUCUCAAAUUACAAGCCGCUGCACUCGUUCAGGCUUGACAAGGAAAAACCAUAUAAGCAACAAUUUGCUGAUAUGUACUUCCUAAGACUCACAAAGAUCAAGCCUGCUGUCGAGCAGCUAGCAUUUGAGGCAUGGGAUGGCAAGGUUAUCGGAGACGAACCCGUAAAGCAAGCCGAACGAGUACUUGAUAUUCGGCAAGGUGAACUAUGUUGGGUUGUCGGCACCGUUUACAUGGAUAUGCCCCUAAAGCCAAAUAUUCUCGAUGAUGUCUCUAAGGAUCGAUGGCUUUCGGCGCCUAUAUCGAAUAAGAAGUACUACUCGGAGGAUGGCUCUGACGCUAUUAUGCUCGAAGACGAGUCUGGCCGCGUACGCCUUGUGGGGGAUGUGCUAAAUUCAGUUAUUCUGGUUACCGGUUGCAUUAUGGCUGCGAUGGGCACCGAGAAUUCAAACGGCGAAUUAGAAGUGAUUGAUCUGAAAUUUCCAGAUCUACCUCCGCAACCGGAUCGCUGGGCUCUAUCUAAUCCGUUGGCCACAAAUGGCAGCAUAAAGGGCAAAAAAACCAAACCAAAAGACGAGGACACUGAGAUGACCGACGCCCAAGUCAAAGGUAGCGGAGGAAAAAUAGCAAUUGUUUCCGGCCUGGGGUUCUCUGGCAGUGACGCAUCACAUGCCAUUGAGCUGAAUCUAUUGCUAGAAUAUCUGCUAGGAGAGUCCUUAGACCCUGCGGCGCAACAAGAACUAUCACAGAUAAGCCGAUUAAUUAUCGCCGGAAAUUCGAUUUCUCUUGAAGAGAGAGAAGCGACAGACGAGGAUAUGACCGAGAAAAAGGCGCAAAAGAAGUACGGAUACGAUAGCAGCUCAUACAACGCCCUACCAUCGCAACUCCUAGACGAAUUCCUCUCAACGUUAUUGCCUACAAUGCCAAUUACCUUACUACCCGGUGCGCAGGAUCCCGCAAAUGCCAGCUACCCGCAGCAAUCGAUACAUCCAGCCAUGUUCCCCCAUUCAAGAUCAUAUACGGCACAACCGACCUCAUCGGAAGCGGGUUGGUUUGACACGGUGACAAAUCCGUGGGAAGGUGAGAUUGAGGGUUGGAGGGUCCUAGGAACCGGUGGCCAAAAUGUAGACGACAUUUUCAAGUACGUCGGCAGCGAUGACCGCUUGGGCAUGAUGGAAGCUAUGUGUAGAUGGCGAUGCUGUGCUCCAACAGCGCCUGAUACUUUGUGGAGUUACCCUUUUCAGGAUGAUGACCCAUUCGUCAUGCAGACGUGUCCACACCUCUACUUUGUGGGUUGCCAACCUGAGUUCGGUACCAAGGUUAUCGAAGGCCCGGAUGGACAAGUCGUGCGACUCGUCGCUGUGCCAUCUUUUUCAGCCACACAGGAAAUAGUGCUAGUCGAUACAGAGACCCUAGAAGUUACAAAAGUAAAGAUUAUUGCGGUUUAGAGCAUUGUAAUGGGAAAAUGACUAGGCGAGUCAGAGCAUACCAUAGGAGUUGAACGGGCUUACGAAAUGAGAAAUUAUUAAAAAACUACAUAGUAGUACAAGAACUUAUAUGGAUAAUUCCAUCCAAUAUUUGUGAGCGUUUACCAUUUGACAACACUAUGAAUGGCAAGAUGAGGGGAUUCACAAGCUUUACAGAUGAGUUCCGUUACAUAAGCCACUUAGGUUGAAUUUAGCCGAUAUUUAGCCAUUAAAAGUAUGGCAAUUGCCAAG